UGCAUGUGAAAUGCAGAACCUAGUGCAUCUUCGUUUGUAAAGGUGUGGUGGCGCCAUGGCGUCCCCUUGGCAGUCCCCAGGUGGCAUUACCAGCCCCUGGGGCACAAUGGUGGCCGGCCCUGAGGGCAAGCUGCGGAGUUUCCUGGAGGCAGAUGGUGUUCUCCAAGAUGUGGAGGUGGCAGGGCGAGCGGUUAGCGAAGCGCUAGAGCGGGACGUGCAAGCGUCAGGACUGGACCUGGCUGAUGCACUUGAUCCUUCCAGACUCCCUUUGAACCCUUACUCGACACAGCCCAAAGAUUGGCCGCCACCAGUGGACAUUGCCAGUGCGCAUGAGCUGCCCCCGGUUUUGAUUGAGCGGUACACUGCUGCGGGGGGCCAAGGCACGGCGCUAUGCGGCAUAUUCCCGCAGCUAAGACGCGCAUGGGCCACAGUGGACAACUCACUUUUUCUAUGGAGUGUCGAUCGAUGGGAUGGGACCUAUAUUGAGUACAGUGGCGAGGAGCAGGCCAUCUGUGCGGUGGGGCUGACCAAGCCCAAGCCCGGGGUCUUCAUCGAGGCUAUCCAGUACCUGCUGGUCCUGGCAACUCCUGUCGAGAUUAUUCUGUUGGGGGUCUGCCUCGGCCCCGGCGGCGGCGCUCCCCGCCCCUCCGACGACCUGACCCUGCAACCCCUCCCCGAGUACACCGUCUCUUCCGACGGCGUCACUAUGUGCUGCAUCACGGCCAGCGAGGACGGCCGCAUCUUCAUGGGGGGGCGGGACGGCCAACUGCACGAGCUGCUUUACAGCACAGGGAGUGGAUGGCAGAAGCGGUGCCAGAAGGUGACGCACGCGGGGGGGUUGGCCAACGUGCUGGCCAGAUGGGUGGUGCCGAGCGUGUUCGGCACGCCGGACCCCCUGGUAGAGCUCGCCCUCGACGAGGAGCGCCACAUUCUGUACGGACGCACGCAGGCGUCGCGCGUCCAGGUGUUCGAUAUCGGCCGGGACGGCCGAAGCGCCCCCAACAAAGUGGCCGAGGACGCAACCAUCGGGGAGAGGGGCCUGGGAGGAGACGGGGGCGCGCGCGGCAGGUUGGGCGCAAAGAGGGCGAUCGUGAGCAUUGCGACGGUGACAACGGCAGAGUCGCAGAGGAUUCAGCUGGUGGCGACAGCGAUUGAUGGAAGGAGGAUUUACCUGAGUACGGUGCCGGCGGCCAGGGUGGGAGCUGAAACUUCGCAGCAGGACGGUCGGCCGUCCACGCUGUCAGUCGUGACCACCCGGCAGGGCCCUCCCGCUCCGCCCGGCCCCGGUCUCGGUUUCACGGGCCAGUCUACGAGUGGCGUCAAGGCCGAAGCCGCGCACUACUCCAGCGGGCUCUUCCUCCUCUCCGACGCGUCCCAGGAGGACUCGUCUCGCCUGAUCAUCUGCACCCGCGACAACACAAUCUCGUCCCAGGGGGGGGGGUUCGCGUACCCCCGCACCCCGGGGGGAUUGCGCGAAGUGUUGAGUGUCCUUCCGGUAGAGGGGCGCACGCUUGCGACGGCCGACGAGCUUCCUCCCCCGGAAGUCGUGUCCAUUCUGGAAGCGGGGGGCUUGGUGAACGGGACUUCUACCCCCCGGGUCGGUGAGCUGACGCGCGCACGGCGGCUGUGGGCCGGGGGUGAGCUGGCGACGCAGCACGUGUUGCCGCGGCGGAAGGCGGUGGUGGUUAGCUCGACCGGGACGCUGCGGUUAGUGGUUAACCGGCCAGUGGACGUGCUGCGGCGGCUGCUGGAGGGGCAGAGCGCUUAUACCACCCUUCGGGAGUUCUUCGUGCGGUAUGGCACGGGGGAAGCGGCUGCGAUGUGUUUGUUGCUCGCGGCUGGGCUUGCUGGGGAUGGAGAGACGCCAGCGCCAGCAGCCGUUGCUGAGCGCGCGGCGGAGGCAUUUGAGGACCCGAACCUAGUGGACGUGCCAAAGGUGAAGGAAGACGGGCUCGGAACAAGCGGCGGCGGCGGGGGCAGUUCGUUCGACAUGGGCCGUGCGAUUUCCGAGCCUGUGCUGCAGUUCUCAGCGGCGUACGAGGGGCUGUGCCUGGUGUCGGCGCGCUUGUUGAAGCCCGUGUGGCGACAACCCGUGGUCGUAGAUCGAGGCGGAAUCAUCGCUUCCCGCCUCCCGCCGGCCGCCCUGCACGCCCUCGAGAGCAAAAUCCGCUCCUUGGAGCAGUUCCUGCGCAGCCGGCGCAACCACCGCAGGGGGUUCUACGCGCGGGUCGCGGGCGGCCCCCACCGCACGGGAUACGGGCCCAGCAGCCCCUUAGUGGGGCAAGCGCUCAACUUCGACGGCGUCGGUCCGAGCGGUUCGGGGGUGAUGGCCUGGGAGCCAACUCCAGCCAGGGGGGCCGCGGGCGGGGUACCGAAGCGCCCGAGGAUGGCGUACAGCCAGGGGGAUCUGGCGGCGAUGGAGGUGCGCGCGAUGGAGUGCAUGCGGCGGCUGCUGCGGCGCAGCGCGGAGGCGCUCCUGCUGCUGCGCCUGCUGGCGGAGCACAACCUGGCGCGCCUCUUGCAGAGCCUGCGCGAGGACGACCGCAAGGCGCUUGCGCAGCUCUCGUUCCAGCAGCUCGUAUGCACGCCCGAGGGGGACCGCCUCGCGACGCAGCUCAUUGCCGCGCUGAUGCACUACUACGUGUCGGGGGUCGCGGGAGGGGGCGGGGUCGUGGAGGAACUGAGCGCGCAGCUGCGGCAAGGGUGCCCCAGCUACUUCAACGAGGCGGACCGCGUGUUCUACCAGGCGGUGGAGAACCUGCAGCGCGCGGCUGGGACGGGCGACCCCGUGGAGCAGCGCGCAGUGGCGCAGGACGCCCUCCGCCAGCUGGCGCAGGUCCCCGACACGCUGGACCUCGCGCCCGUCUGCAGACGCUUCGAGGCGCUCAGGUUCUACGAGGGCGUCGUCGAGCUGCCGCUUCGGAAAGCGCAGGCCGUCGACCCCGCGGGCGAUGCGACAAAUGAGCGCAUCGAUCCCGAGCGGCGCACCAUCGCGGUUCAGGCACGAGACGCCUGCUACCAAGUCGUAACGGACGUUUUGAAAACCGUGGUCUCCGGGAAGCCGGAGUUCGCCGCUCUGGGGGGGCGCGGGCGGCCCCAGAUGCUGCCCCCUGCGACGAGGAAGGAGGACGCACGGGCGCUUGUGGGGCUGGCGAUGCGGCAAGGAGACCGGCUAUUCCACGAGAGGAUAUAUCAGGCGCUGAUGGACCUGGGCAUGGAGCAGGAGCUGCUGGAGCUGGCUGCGCCCGACCUGGAGAUGUUCCUCCGUGCGGCUGGGGGAUACAGGGCCGCCAGGACGGGACCACGCUCCGGGGGCGCGCAGGACCCCUCCGCUGGCGCCGCCCGCCAGCCCAUCACGUCCGGCCAGGCGCGCUACUUGGAGCUCCUCUCCCGUUACUACGUGCACAAGCGCCACUUCGCAGCGGCCGCCCACGUGAACUUGCGGCUCGCCGAGCGCCGUCAGCCCGAGGGGGAGACGUUAGCGAUAACCCUGCAAGACCGCGAGAAUAAUCUGAGCUCAGCGGUGCUCCAGGCGAAGAGCCAGCGGCAGGCGCCGAUCGGGGGGGGCACAGCGGAAACCGCGAAUCUCCUGAAUUUGUUGGAGGAUAAGCUGACGGUGCUCCGGUUUCAGCGGCGGAUCUACGAGGAGUUGAGAAUGGUGGCGGAGGGUCCGAUGCCGGAAGGGGAGGAUAACCCGGACCGGGUUAGGGUGACCGAGGCGGGGCGCCGCGCGGAGGAACUAGGCGCGGAGCUCAAGAACGUGACGCAGCUGUAUAACGACUACGCGGUGCCGUUCCAGCUGUGGGAGACCAGCCUGGAGAUCCUGCACUUCUCUAGUUACGACGGAGACUCGGGGGUGCUGGCGCGUAUGUGGGAACGGUUGAUCGCACAGGGACUGGAGGCUGGGGGGAUUGGGGAGGCGGCGACUCGGGUGCGGAGAGUUGGGGGGCGGCUGCGGGGGGGGGGCGGAAGGGGCCCAACGGUCCCCCUGGAGGAAGUGGCGAUGCUGCUGGAGACGGCGGCCCACGAGCGGUCGCAACAGGGGCAGGAGAUGGUGCGGGACGACGAGGUGCCGCGCGCUCUCCUCGGUUCUUCCCCGGGCAACCCCGAGCCCGUCUACCGGGCGUACGAGCGGCUGCUGGCGCGGCACGGGCCGGCCCUGGGGCAACAACCCGAGCUCAAGCUGCGGCUGCUGACGUCAGUGCUGGUGGUGCUGCGCGAGUGGGCGUCGGCCAGCCAGGCGAAUGUGGGGACGGCGGAGGUGUCGGCAAAGAAGGCGCGCGGGAUCAUUAGCAGUGCGUGCAACAGGUUCCGAGUCGAGCUGCAAAGGGUGAGUGGGCAGCCGGAGGAGAAAGAGGCGGUGGCUCGGGGCUUCAAGGAGCUCAGCGACUCCCUGGAAACGGAGCUGCCUGACUACCGGUUGCAGUUCUGAGGGGGGCUGUCCAGCAAGGAAGGGGUUUGGUGCAGACCUGAUCUGACGUUCAGAGGUUUUGGAACCCUCGAUUUUCGGGAAGUGGGACCACUUCUAUCUUCGGGGACGGCGCUGGCUUUACGGCACUUUCGGCACAGAACCUUUGAUUCCUACAAAACGGGUGGCUGCUUGCUGAUGUGGUCUCCCGCACGUGCAAGACUCAUGUGCGAGUUUCAGCAUGAGGGGCUACUUGCGAUUGGUCCUUAUCUUACCAGUCUGGUCGACUCGACCUUCAGCGUACCCACAGUCUUGGCAUGUGCUGUUUCCAAUGGCACUCUCAACGCUGC